AUGGAGAAUUGUCUUGGCUCCGUGAAUGGUACAGUUCUCUCGUAUAACGCUUUUCGCGAAGACGUUCUUUUUGGAAAUGGUAUUCUCACCAGACAACUUGUCUUAAAUACGAGCUCUGCAAACCAAGUUUUAGCGUCCUUAUCAUUCAAAAAAAACACAAUAUUUAUACUGACAGAUAAGAUGAAACUCAUUGAUUUCUGCCUUUCUGUUUCUCUGUUGGUCAUGUUCAUGACAUGUAUGAAUGCAUUCACCUUCAUGCAUGCUCAACAACAUGCUUUGACUGUAAGUCCUUCAUUCAGAGGUUCUCGUCUCUCUGGUCCUGCACCAUUAGCUGUUUUCUUUGAUGGCUCUGGAACUCGAGUGAGUGAGACUGCUACUGGCAUGCAACAAGAUUCUUUUAGAGAUGUGUUGUAUUCUUUCAAUUUUGGAGAUCCAAACUCUGGAAUUUGGGGAAUUUCAAGACUUUCUAAAAACAUGCAAACUGGAGGACCAUUUGCUGCGCAUGUGUUUAACACAGUUGGUACUUUUAUUGUUUCCAUGUCAGUAACUACUAAAACCAAUGUUACGUAUCAUGCACCUCCAAUCACUAUUACGGUUCAAAAUCCAAGUACAGUUUGGACAGCUAAUAACACUAUUUGUGUUUCUACAAGUUCCAAUUUUAAUGGAUGUCCAUCUGGAUCCGUGCGUAUGACUACACUUCCCACACGAUUCAAUGGAAAAAGAGUCUUGUUAAGAAGAGGUGAAACUUUUGGAGAUGUACAGAUUGCUUCCACUGACGAUCAGGUGUUGAUUGGUACUUACUCCACAGGUUUGAAACCUCAAGUGUCAAAUGUCAGAUUAUCUGGAGGAAACACAGUUGCAGAUUGGCCUGAUGACAUUACCAUCAUGGAUUUGAAUAUUACCAACUCGUUUGGUAUCGUCACUACUGGCUCACGUAUUUUGCUAUAUCGUUGUAUAUUGAGUACUCCUUCUACCAGUGAAUCUCAAGUGGAUGUUGCAUCUGCCUUGAAGUAUUACAUGGAUCAUGGUAGUCUACCAUUAUCAAGUUAUUACUGGCCUCACGAAAUCUUUAUUGUUGAGAAUAAUAUUCAAGGUGAAUUGUCUUCUGGAAAUGAUCACAUGCCAGUUGUCACCUUGAUGGGUUAUUUCAUGAAUUCUGUGAUUAUGGGAAAUCAAAUCAAUAAGGCUUCCCAACAUUCGGUUCGUUUAUGGGCUGCCAAUCAAGUACUCAUUGCUCAUAACAGUGUUGGAGGUGAUCAUGAUCCUGUUCAGCCCAAUCAACCUGGAAUUCGACACGCGAUCAAAAUUCAUUCCAAUGGUUUGAAUAGUUACAAUUCUCAUAACAUUGGUACUACAGGAUUUAACAUUCGUUCAAGUAAGGUUCUCAUUGCUGACAAUAAGGUUGGAACCAGUACCUAUCCAGGAAGUUGGCUUUGUGCUGUAGCUCCUCAAAAUGCUUUAACUGGAACUAUUGAAGGCAUUGAAGAUGUAUUAUUGGAAAGAAAUGUAUUUAUUCGAGGAAGAUUUACCACUCUGGAAGGAGCCAUGCGUGGAAGAAGAAUCUCUACACGAUACAAUUCCGUACAGGGUGGUGUUUUACCACGCAUGGAACGCAUUGGUUUUACCUAUGAUCCAGCUUUAAAUGAUUGGGAUGGUCCCUAUUAUUUUGAAGAUGGAUCUCCAAUGCCUGUGAUUCAAAGUCUUGAUUCCAUGGAAGAUGAUUUUAUCAAGAAUGCUCACUCUCCUUGUCAAAACUUUUAUGCUUCCAAUUUCACACUCAAGAAGGCAAUGGAAAUGAAUGGUCAAGAUUUGUUCGUUCCAUCCAUGGAACAACCUCAGAAAAACACUCCAUCCAAAGAUCCCACUCAUCAAACCUGUGUGUUAAGAGUCUCAGAUCCAAACAUGGACAAUGUUGAAAUCAAGAGUAUUCUUGGUUCCAAAAGACAAUUAUUCAAUUCGAAUAAUACUCUCCAAUUCAUGAAUGCGAUCGAUGGAACUUGGCAUUUGUAUCGAACCGAUUCGAACUCGUAUUGGAAGGACCUCGUGGUGGUUCAUCCUGAUUCAGAGCCUCACUGGCAUCCCACUCGUCCCAAUCUCUUGUAUUAUUUACCUUCCAAGGGUGUUGGAAUGAAGAUUCAUCAACUCAAUAUCGAGAGCGAAGUUACUUUAGAGGUCACUGAUUUGUCCACUCGUAUUAGAACACGAUGGCCUUCUGCUCAUGCUGCAUGGACCCAUUCGGAGGGAAGUCCUUCACGAGAUGCUCGUUUUUGGUGUUUCAUGGUUGAGGACUCUAUUGGAAAUACAUUAGGAGUCAUUUCGUAUGAUGUGGUUCAAGAUCAAAUCGUUGGAUUUUUGAAUGCGUCUGAAGGAAAGAGUGUAAAAGCUGUUACUACGAGUCCGAGUGGACAAUAUUGUGUCCUUUACAUGAGCAACAACACCAUUGCUUACUCUUUAGAUUUCACUCAACCAAUGACCCUUCAUCAGGCAGGAUCCAUUGAUGCUCCAUCUGACUUGGCUCUAAAUGAUUUGGGAGAGGAUGUUUAUGUUUCAGUAGAUACUUUGUCCAUCUCUAAGGAAUUGUUUAUGGUGAAUUUGAGAAGAGGACAAAGAACCACUCUCUUUCCAACUUGUACGGAUGGAUCAACCACUGCUUUGCGUGUGAGCGGUAAAGGUUACAAUGUUCCUGGAUGGGUUGUGAUUUCAACCUUUGCAGCAAGUGGCACAAGACAAUGGUUGCAUGACAAGAUACUCUUGGUUCCGUUGAAUGUUUCAAAACCCAUUUAUGCCGUCGCUCACCACCAUUCUGUUUCCAAUGAAAUUCAUGUGAGUGUGAACAAGGAUUUGACUAUGGUUGCCUUUUCCUCACAUUGGGAUGGAAGCCAAGAUGAAGGAGUCGAUAUCUAUCGUGUGGAAAUUCCAACAAUUGUAGGUAUGAAAGGCCAAAACACUCAAUACCAAGAGGAUUCAAACAGAAGGAACCCAGAAAACAGUCUCCCAAGAACACAAAGCCAUGUGUCUGCUGCUGAGAAACACGUGGUAUUCAACUUGGUCUUCUUUCUUGUUAUCAAUGUUUUCUUGUUUAUGUUUUAA